UCCCCAGCGCUUGCGUAUUCAUCAGCGGGAGUGAGAGAUCGAUCCUUGUGUGCUGCCUGUGUGAUUGAGUUGAGUUCAAUGUUGGCGAUGUGCGGAGAGAGGAAACCACCGCACGCACCUCAAAGAAUGACAAGCUCCGUUCAUGGGACGUCUUCGAUUAACUUUGGAUGUUUAGCUGAUGUCGACUUUUUACCCUUUUCUUCAAUGGAAUCAACAAGAGACUAGUAAAAUCGUAGCCUUCACAGGAACAGCAAAACAAUGUGUUGGAAUUUAGUCUAAGAAGCAGCCGCUUCAGAUUCUAAAUAACGAACGUGAUAGACAUUAAGAUAUAAGUAACUAUUGUGUUAUUAAUUAUCCCAAAUAUCAGCCAGAGCUAAGAGUACGUUUUCCUACAGCCUAAUGUUGCCCAUUUAGCUUAUAGCCUAGCCUACUUGGCAGACGCUCCUGGCACACAUAAGAUAGCUCUUAUAUAAAACGGUUUCUGCGGGUUUUUUUUCAAGUAGGCAAUUCAAGAAGACAACAGUUCAACCUGAAUUGAAGGAGUUAGGAGAUCAAUGAUUUGCACUCUAUUGCGAGUGGUGCGCAACGAAAUGUCCCUCUCAUGAGGCGCAAUGUCUUUACAGCUUCGCAUCUUCCAUUGACAGGACAGUUGCUGGGAGAGUCACCGGGAGACCUUCUACCAAGAAACUCGAUAGGCUGUCCAGAGACAAUCUGUGGAAGAGAUACACAAAAUGGCGAGACAUAACCAUCGAUAUUGAGUCCCCCUGUGGUUGAUGGUGAUGCCUGAGCCCAACCCAGCAAUGCAGAAGACGAGAACUCGGUGGUGGCAGGGACGACUGGGAGUUCCUCUGCUGUUUCUGGUUUUCCCGCUCCUCAGGACCGAACCGCUCCAACUCGAGCUGUCGUUCAAUGGACUUUCGGAGCCCCAGAAUGUGACACUGGCGGCUAUCCUGCCUUUGCACAACACUGAAUACCCGUGGGCCUGGCCUCGCGUGGGACCCGCUCUGAUCAGAGCUCUGGAGCGAGUCAAUGACGAACCCACCCUGCUGCCGGGCCACCGCCUCCGCAUCGUCUACGACAGCAGCGAAAGCAAAGAUGGAGUCUGCUCCGACUCAGUGGCGCCGUUGGUGGCCGUGGACCUCAAGUUCUCCUACGACCCGUGGGCCUUCAUCGGGCCUGGCUGCGACUACGCUUCGUCUCCUGUGGGCCGCUUCACCACCCACUGGGAUGUUCCCAUGGUGACGGCUGGGGCAGCGGCCAUCGGCUUCAACAUGUACACCUCCAUCACCAACACGGGCCCCACAUACAAGAAGCUGGGCGAGUUUGGGGUGCGCCUGCAUCGCCAUUUUGGCUGGCACAGGCACGCCAUGCUCAUGUUCAGCGACAACAAAGAUGACGACCGGCCAUACUACUUUACGGCAGAGGGGCUGUACACGCAGCUGCAGCUGGACAACAUCACCACAGCAGACAAGGUCUUCAAUGAGCAGACUGGACCCGUCCAGUAUGAUGACCUCAUCAGUGACAUAAGCCAGAGUGCCCGAGUGGUGUACAUGUGCUGCUCAUGGGACACUUUCCGGAGGCUGAUGGUACAGUUCUGGAGGGAAGGCCUGCCCCCGGAGGACUAUGCCUUCUUCUUCAUUGACCUGUUUGGACACAGCCUGAGGAAGCAGUCCGCUAGGCCCUGGUACAGAGGAGACUCAGACGACCACGCCGCCAAGAAGGCCUUCAGGAGUGUGAAGAUCCUGACCUACAAAGAGCCACAGAACCCAGAGUACAAGGAGUUUGUUUCCAACCUGAAGACGGACGCCAUGAACAUGUUCAACUUCACUGUAGAAGACUCGCUGAUGAACCUGAUAGCAGGAGGCUUCUAUGACGGCGUGAUGCUUUACUCUCAGGCCCUGAAUGAGACCAUGACAGAGGCAGGGGGCCGGCCGCGAGGGGACACCGUCACCAAGAGGAUGUGGAAUCGCACGUACCAUGGUGUUACUGGCUUGGUUCAGAUUGAUGGGGCAGGCGAUCGGGAGAUUGACUUUGCCUUGUGGGACAUGACUGAUCUUGACUCUGGGGUCUUUCAGAUCGUGUCCGUCUACAACAGCACCCUGAAGGAGCUGGUUCCAGUGCCGGGCAUGAAGGUCCAGUGGCCGGGGGGCGCCCCCCCCCAAGACAUCCCCGACUGUGGCUUCAAGAACGACAAGCCCGCUUGCUUAGCACGGACGGUCACUAUGCACCAGAUGGUGGCCAUCGUGGCUUGCUUCAUCUUCGUCAUCAUCGUCACUGUCACCGUCUUCAUCUACAGGAAGCUGAAAUUGGAGAAUGAGUUGGCUGCUCAGCUCUGGCGAGUACAAUGGGAUGACGUGCAGAUGAGUGACCUGGAGAAAGUGCUGCGCAGGGCCUGCAGCAGACUCACCCUGUCUCUGAGAGGCUCCAACUAUGGCUCCUUCCUGACCAUGGAAGGAAACUUCCAGAUCUACGCCAAAACUGGCUACUACAAGGGAAACAUUUCGGCCAUUAAGUACGUCACUAACAAGAAGCGCAUCGAGCUCACCAGGAGGGUGCUCUUUGAGCUCAAACAUAUGCGCGAUGUUCAAAACGAGCACUUGACUCGCUUUAUCGGAGCCUGUAUCGAUCCUCCUAACAUCUGUAUCAUCACAGAGUACUGUCCCCGGGGCAGCCUGCAGGAUCUUAUGGAGAGCGAGACCAUCACCUUGGACUGGAUGUUCAGAUACUCUCUGAUCAACGACAUUGUUAAGGGAAUGGCCUUCCUUCACAACAGCGUCAUCAUCUCCCAUGGUAACCUGAAGUCCUCUAACUGCGUGGUGGACAGUCGCUUUGUCCUGAAGAUCACUGACUACGGGCUGGCUAGCUUCCGCGAAAAGUCCAAUAUGGAGGACACACACGCCUACUAUGCCCGGAAAUUGUGGGCAGCUCCAGAGCUGCUGAGGGCAGAUAGUCCCCCGCCAUGUGGCACACAGAAAGGUGACAUCUACAGCUUCGGCAUCAUUCUGCAAGAGCUGGCCCUGCUCCGAGGGGUCUUCCACGUCGAGGGGGACACCCUCAGCCCCAAAGAAAUCGUUGAGCGCGUGGCGCUGGGCCAGUGGCCCUACCUGCGGCCCUCCCUCUGCCCCCAGAGUCACAGUGAAGAGGUGGGCCAGCUCAUGCAGCGCUGCUGGAGCGAAGACGUGAACGAGAGGCCCGAGUUCCACCACAUCAAGCUGCUGCUGCGCAAACACAACAGAGGUUAUGGGUCUAAUAUCCUGGACAACCUGCUGUCUCGGAUGGAGCAGUACGCCAAUAACCUGGAAGAACUGGUGGAGGAAAGGACACAGGCUUACCAUGAAGAGAAACGCAAGGCCGAGGCACUGCUCUACCAGAUACUUCCACACUCUGUAGCGGAGCAGCUGAAGAGAGGGGAGACGGUGCAGGCUGAGGCCUUUGACUCGGUCACCAUCUACUUCAGUGACAUCGUGGGCUUCACCGCCAUCUCAGCCGAGAGCACGCCCAUGCAGGUGGUGACCCUAUUGAAUGACCUCUACACGUGUUUCGAUGCCAUCAUCGACAACUUUGAUGUUUAUAAGGUGGAGACGAUAGGCGAUGCAUACAUGGUGGUGUCUGGGCUGCCCGUGAGGAACGGCAAUCUGCACGGCCGAGAAAUCGCCCGCAUGUCGCUAGCCCUGCUGGAGGCCGUACACUCCUUCAGGAUCCGCCACCGACCUGCCCAGCAGCUCUUUCUGCGCAGUGGCAUCCACAGUGGCCCAGUGUGUGCUGGUGUUGUAGGACUGAAGAUGCCUCGGUUCUGUCUGUUUGGAGACACAGUCAACACAGCCUCUCGCAUGGAGUCCAAUGGGGAGGCCCUGAAGAUCCACGUGUCGGAGGCCACGCGUACGGUGCUGGACGACUUCAACUGUUUCCAGCUGGAGCUGAGAGGAGACGUGGAGAUGAAGGGCAAAGGGAGGAUGAAGACCUACUGGCUACUGGGGGAGAGCACCAGCAACAUGGCUUACUAGAGAGAGAGAGAGAGAGAGAGAGAGAGAUGGGGAGAGCGGGAGAAAGAGAGACGGGGAGAGCGAGAGAAAGAGAGAGAGAGACACACGGGAGAGAGAGAGAUGCAUACUGUUUAGACCGUAUUAGAGAGACGUGGUAGAAAAGAGAUGUAAGGGAAGGCAGGGCUGAGAUAAAAGGAACAGACAUGCAUACAGAUGCACAUGGGAAUGGAAUGAAAUGGAAAUAAGCAACAACAACAAAAACUGUACCACUGACAACUCCCUCCUUAAUGAUAGUCUCAUCGACAGAGUCUCACUGCUCUUCAUGGGGAUACCUUGGUUCCUAUAGGUGGACAAGCCCUGUCUAGAUUGACUUACCAUGGUGGAUCAUCCAUGGACAGCUGUAGACUUGUAGACUUUCCAACCAAAGGAACGAUAUCACUGCUACACCCGCCAUGUGCCGAUUGGCGAGGCACCACCUCUGAUUGACACAGACGAUGGGCAUUUGCGAACGACGCCACCCUGUGUUCCAGAGUUGCAACUGUCGAUAUUUGUGAACAAACAUUUUGGACAUUCUUAUUUGGACCUGUUGUGUGUGGUGACGAGAGUUGUCCAAUGUGUUAUUUUGUGGUUAUUUGACUUUGUGACUGACUUGGUGUUCUCUAACAUUUGUGUAGAGGCCUUAGUGUUAUGUGAAGCAUUCCCUGGUGUUUUUCUAUUUAUUUCACAAGUGGUUUGUGUUCUAUAUUACUAUAUCAGUUUGUUCAAUAUCAGUCGAACAUGAAUCAACUGAAGUCCAGAGGGGUACACUACGAAUGUAGCUAGAUGUAUUCAGUCUUUUCUGAUAUUAGCUAGCUUCAGUCAGCUUCACGUUCCAGCUCAGGCUUCACGCAUGUUAUGAAGGUAGAUCAGGCAGAUGUUGAUCGUUCAACCGCCGCUUACUUGAGCCUGCUCGAGCCGGGCGUGUAACUGCACGUACAUGUCACACAUUGCUAGUCGAAAGCCAAACUGAGACGAUACUGAAACAUUCGUCCAUGGGCGUGUCAGUGACACAUUUUCAUUUUUGCCAAAAUCUAAAUGAAAGGGAAAACUAACCUGCAAAUUCAGCGGGCUUAUGGUGUGAAAUGGGCUAUUACAAGUGCCUCUGUCUUGCGCAUAUCGUUUAUUUGGUGUGCUUAGCAAUGCACGAUGACUCCCCACUCAUAUCGAUAAAAUCAUUGUAUGAAUUCCUACGACAGUUUUACUGCCCGUGAAGAUUCAAAUGCAUCCUGUCGUUACUAAAUGUGUUGUGUGUAAUGUAUUUGAAUGUUACUAUUUAUAACACAGGAUUGACUCAACCACUUCAUUCGGGAUAAAUUGAGUAAACACUGAGUUAGCCAUCCCGGAAGCAGAUUAGUUCUGAAGGAUUCGUUUCCACAGAAAUGUACCUGGCUAAAAGGUGAGCCACAUUUGUGUCACCGUUUGAACUCAGAGUUGACCACAGUUUCCUCGCUAACUCCUCAAACCAGAUUCGUAGAAUAGGGCUCAGUAAUCCAUAAUAAUACCAGUCAACAAAGUGUGUCCCACAACCUAUUAGGCUAUGUGCUUUAUGGGGAAUUCGUGGAGGCAAUCCCCACCAUGCAAGUAUAGGCGAUCUAAUUGACAUUGGUGAAAUGUCUCAAAUUGACACUUAUGGCUGUUAAGGACAUUAGUCUUGUAAAUAAGUCCGUGUGCAUUCAACAGGGCUGUUCAAAAAGAGAAUUUACAGCUAAAACGAAUAGUUUUGGUCAUAAAAAAAACAAGUUGCUUUAAUCUUCUCAAGAUAAACUGCGGUGACAAUGAAGAAUUGAGAAUUAGAGUUGGCCACGAAUGUCAACUUUUGGAUGAAUUACGUAUUAUUAUCUAGUCACAGGUAAUGCUGUCUGCGUGGUUAUAACCAGAUAGUCCUCCCACACGAAGUUCUUAUAUUACAGACUCAUUUUGAAGUUCAGAUUUUCUAAUUGUCCUUUUUCCUUCUUUCUUUUUUACAAGAUGAUGUUAUACUCAAGGGUACAAAAGAAUGAGUGAGUCUAGCUCUUCACUUCUGUUACUGAUAAGAAAGGUCAGAUUUAUUUCAGAUUGGGAGUCCUUCUAAAUGGCAUACAUAGCAUAGUGAAAAAUGAUAUAUUGGAUAUAUAUGCCCAUAAACUCUCAAAGUUGACUCUCGGAGGAUACUGGUUUGGCUUGUGAUUUGCAAACAUGUUGCAACAAACGACUCUUUUGCCUUUUGUUCGUUGGUGUUUUUGGGUGGAUCUGCUCGUUGUCUAUCUGAAAGGAACAGCUGCACCACCUCGCUACUUGGCUCAGAAGUGGAGCAUCACUGAUAGGCAGCAGGCACCCAUAUACCAACCAGCGCUAUGGACCAUGUGAAUGUGCUCUCACUUGAAUGGCCCUAAACCUUAAACUUAUCAUCAGUGAGAAUAUCCCCUUUCCAACUUAAGUCUAAAUGAUUUGAUCAUUUCAUUUUCCAUGAGUGAAUGUAUCACCUAAGUCAAAGCAAAUACUCGUGAAAUAAUCAGGAUUGAUAAUGUGGAGUUGUAAAUGAUAACAGCUCUGUGUGAUGUCAGGGAGACACGUCAUUGAUCAGUAGUAACUCACCCAAUGUCAGGCUUGAUCUGACAGGUAACCCAGCAGGCAAAACUGGUUUCAGUAUAAUCUAUUUUAUGGCGUCGUAGUCAGGUUGUAUACUGGUGGUGUGAAAGUUUUUGCAGAAGUUCAUUAUUUUUAGCAAACAGAAAAUCAAGUCUUUGUCUAGUUGUAAUCUGACCAGAUAACAACCAAAAUAUGACGUCUUUCCCAUUUUGUCUUCUUGUCGUGAAAAAUAUGUCUUUACCUGGUUGUAACAAGCAACUGGUUGAGACCAGCAACUGGUUGAGACCAGCAACUGGUUGAGACCAGCAACUGGUUGAGACCAGCAACUGGUUGAGACCAGCAACUGGUUGAGACCAGUUGCUUGUAAUAUGGUUGUAUGAUUUCUUGUCAACCAGAAAACCAGUUUACAACCAGAAAAUGACAUCAUUAAGAUGAAUGUGGUCACAUGGCUUCAUUAAGAUGAAUGUGGUCACAUGGCUUCUUUAAAUGCGUUUCUGAUGCAGUAAAAUGUAUUUUAUUGUGUUGUUUUGGUUGCUUUGUCUGUAUUUUCGAAGAGUGGGUUGGUCUUUGAAUUACUGUAUGUUACAAUGUACUGUUGUGUUUUAAAAUAUGACAUUGGCGUUGUUUUGGGGAGGGAGAGAAAUGUUCAGUUACAUUGCCUGUCUUGUUUCGGGUCAGUUGAAUGUCUUUAUAAAAUCAGUUGAUAACCCACAUUUU